AUGAAGCUCAACGUUGCCAUCGGCCUGGCUGCCGCUCUCUCUCUGGCUCCCAAUGCCGCCGGCUGGGCCCUGCCUGGAUUUGGCGGUAAUUCACACGCCACUCCUACCGCUCAUCUCUCCGGUGAACCCUCCGGUACGUCUACCGGUGUUCCCAGCGGCUUUCCCAGGUCACCUGUACGUCACCACGACGACGGCGGCCACCGUGGUGGUCGUCAUGGUCCUCACCACUCUAGCGCUGUCCCUACCACAUUCCCCUCCGGUGGUGCUCAACCCAGCGGCGGCUUCGGCGAAGUCCCAACUGGUUUUCCUUCUGGCUUCCCUCAGUCAAGCAGUGCCAGUAGCAUCCAGGGCGGUGGCUUCGGCGGUGGUAUGCCUAGCGAAACUCCCCGCGCUGGCCGAGGUGAGGGAUCUCAGCAGGGUAGCAAACAGUUUGAGCGGGUCCACGGUCGCCAGAUUCGCCCUAUCCAGGUCUAG